UUGGGUCCUCCCCACGAAAGAAAACUUCCUUCAUCUUCGGCAUCUUACGCCAUAACAUCACUCUCACGGCUCUCUCUGGUAAUUUGAUAUACAGCUUUGUGGUCAACAGUACCAUUCAGGAAAUGGCUUCCUCUGAGGAUACAAAUACGCAGAUGGACCCCAGCGCAUCCAUCGAGCCCUUGACAAGACAAAAUGUCAUUCCGAGUAGUGAAUUACCAAUAGCUACUUCGAAUAUCAACAAGGAAAGAGAUGGAAUCAAAGCGUCAUCUGAGGCGGCGAUCGAUGAAGUCACAGACAAUACCGAGUGCAAGUCCUCCAAGCAGGAGAGUCCAGCUGAUGACACAUACGAAAAUGAAUCUGUGGUAUCUCACGAUGAUGAUCGGGAGAACUCUAACAGCGAUGAUAGUCUUGAAUCUCUAUAUAGUUACAACGAUUCUGUCGAUAGCAGUAAGUCUACUAAAAGCGGGGAUAAGCGAAUGCUAACAAUAGGAAAUCAGAUGUGGCUUUUCGUCGAAUGAGACAGCAUCGCCAUCAUGUAAAAAUCACCGAAAAGAGGAUAAAAUCCCUUGAAAAAAGGCUAGCUCUCGUAGAAAACAAACCCCCAAAAGCUAUCCCUUUACCUCCACGACCAAAGUCGCCCAUGGACCCCGUUUCUAUCCCGACGAUGAGAUUUUUGAAUUGGUAUGAGUUCAAGGACCUUCGAAAUAACUUUAUGGGAGCAUCAAGAUCACCAAGACCUGCAAUUGAGGUUUUGAUUGGUCCCUCAGUUCUCUUCCAUGAAGAACAAAAGCCUACGGUCUUUUUAGCAAAGGAAGAGUCUUAUGUUUCACGUAGCGAGGAGUCAAUCCUCCCCUUUGAGACUAUCCCAGAAAGGAUCAGAAUAAAUUCUCGACAAAUCCUCGUAUUUUUAAGGACGACGAUUGGUGGUGCUUUCCUCAACUUUGCGCUGGGUAGCAGCGUUGUGGUACUUAGACCAUAUAAACCACUAAUCUACCAUGAGUGUGAUUUGAGGGAUGCUAAAGACAAACUCGAGGCCAAAUUGGCGAUACCACACGACUCCUCCGAUAUAAACACUGCUAUUGCUUCCCGAGUGGAUGGUAAACACCGCGGCAAUGAAGACCAAGACAGCGACUCACGCUUGACAAAUGAGGACCUGCCAGUAUUCGAAAACCCGGGACAGAAACCACAAAUUACGGAACUCCGGCUGAUCCAUUCGAAUCAGAAUACUCGAUGGAAUGCUUGCUCGAUUUGA